AUGAGUUGUGCACGAGGAUGUAAAGCCGAACAGAACUGGCAGGCCGAUGCGCAUGGUAAGCUACAGCGUCAGCUCAAAUCUAUCAUCGAAAAGCAGAGACGGGAUUCUGGUUUCCGUCUACAUCCCACAUAUCAGAGCAAGGAUAGCGUAGCAUUCUUCCACUUCAGAGCCAUCAAUUCGGCGGACGGCGUCGCAGCAAGGGUCUGGACGUUUGACGACCCAGCCGGUAAUGUGCGUUCUGACGAGAGGGUCGUCAACCAGCAAAGACGAGAUGCACCCGAGACACACUAUGCAAACAGUUCAAGCAAUUUUUUUGGCUCGAGACAGGUACUGGACAUGGAUCGUAUCCAAGAGCUGAUUGACGCCGGUCUUGGUAGCCAGUACAUUGUCCCAGCAAAUGACUCCGACGGUUACGACUCAUGGUCAGAUGCUGAUCUGACCGGCACGACGAUCCCAAUGUCUCACAUGAACCCCACUCGCUGGAUGGAUGAGGAGGACGAUAACGAUGACGACAUCUUCGACGAGCAUUACGAUAUCGAUGAAGAGAGUGCGAUGGAACGUCUUGAAUCUCGUGAAGAGUCUACAAAUGUUCAAACUGAGCCCCGCAACGAACAGGUGUCUCCAUCGUACCCCAUAAUCGCACGAGAAUCUGACACUAGAACCAUGUCCGGAUCUGAUGUCACUCCUCUCUUGACCAACGCCUCACUGUCCGACCUGGCAAAAGCGCGAAUCAUCGUUGAGAACGCUAUCGCGGAGUCUUCCAAGCUCAACCAAGCUCGGUUGUUGAGCCCUAUGCGAAACAACUAUGGGCUGAAGCCUGGCACUUUCAUCGGGCAAUCGAAGGUCAAGCGUCGUCUACGUGCAAGAGAAGACGGCACACCAGUACCACCCCUCCUAAACAUCACCGACAGCAUCGCGGAUGCUGCAGCUCUAGUCGCUGAAGCUGAUGCAGCUGGCAUACCCGGAAAUUUAACUAAGCGCACUGUGGCUGCCAAGGGCACCUACUGGAUGGGCAGUAUCGACAGGAAGGGUACGGUACCAUGGGGCGACAACGCGACAUACGCAGUUUUCCGGAAUGUGCUCGACUAUGGUGCAGUUGGUAACGGUGUUACCGACGACACCAAAGCGUUCAAAGCCGCCAUGCUAGACGGCAAACGUUGCGGGAAGGGCUGCAACGGCUCUACCCUCAAGAAUGCCAUUGUGUAUAUACCGCCAGGCACGUACCUGAUCUCGACUACCAUUCAGAUGCCAUUUGGAACGCAAGUAAUUGGAGAUGCAAACGAUAGACCGACCAUUCUGGCAUCCAAGUCGUUCAUCGGUAUGGGAGUGUUGUCGACAGACGAGUACACUGGUGGAGGGACUGGCGCGGACGGUCUAGAUGAGCAGUACUACAUCAACACGGCAAACUUCUACCGGCAAAUUCGCAAUGUGAUUAUCGACGUUAGACAGACCCGUGCUUCACAGAAGGUCUCCUGUUUGCAUUACCAGGUUGCUCAGGCCACGAGCACCCAGAAUGUACUCCUGAUCGCCGGCCCGACACAGAAUGGCAUGUAUGCUGAGAAUGGCAGCGGUGGGCAGAUAUCAGAUAUAACCUUCCAAGGUGGAGCUAUUGGUCUAUAG